CAAGCGCGGUGAGAGGCCGGCAACGCCUAGACGACACCUCAUGCGCCCCAAGACCACGAGGCCUUUCUAAAGAGGGCAGCUGGAAAGAUGAUUCCGAAUACGUGCCCUCUUUUACACCAUAAAGCAUGUGCAGGUGCUUUUCUAAAUGUCUUGGAUCGAAGACUUUGGAAGAGAUUAUUCUUCCAUGCCAUGCCUACCCACGUGGUGGGGGUGAGGGACGGAAGAGGGGUUCAGUCCGACCCCGCAGGAAGUCGCUGUUCUUUGUGCCGCCACCGUCAUGACAGCUGUAGCGGCGGCAUUCGAACACAUGCGCCGGCGCACCCGUCAACGGAAACGAUCAAGAUCGGUGAUGGCGGAGUUGAAGUGGAUUCUUAUAAGUCUACGGAGCACCCAGGAUCCGGCAAGGUCGUCCCGGAGACUACAACUAGUUACCGCAGCUCAUGGUAUCGUGCAACCCUAACCCUCACGAGACUGGCCCAGGCUUGAAUUCAAGUUCUCGUGCAUGUCUCAUCGAAAGACGAAGAUGCAUAUAUAUACUGUAACCAGGGUAUCUAUUCGUGUAGCGCCAGCAUUUACAUAUAUAGCAGGCCUAACAUCUGAGGACUCGCCCAACUGCCUAGGCGGCCGAAUGGUGGUCUGGGGACCUGAAGCCUAUAUCGACAUGGAUAGACGGCCCCCAGUGCCGUUUCAGGCGUGGGCACGCUAA